CUGAGCAUUACAGCAAGGCAUUGCGCAGGAUUUAACUCCCCUCCUUCAUCUCCUUCUUCUUUAUUUUAAUCGUUUUUUUUCCUUCCUCCAAUCCAUCUCUCCUUCUGUGGCAGCCGUUGCUCUUGGCAGCGGAAGGAUAUUUUCAUUUCCAUAUUGGAGCGUUACGAGAGCUGCUAUUCGCUCAUUUCUCCCACAACCGUGUGUGUGUGCGUAUGUGUGUGAGAGAGAGUGUGUGAGCUUGGGGGGGACGCCGAGAAGGACAGCAUCUAUAGACGUCUCAUCACUGGCCCCGUAUCGCUGCCUGUGGAGGCUGGCAUCAGGGCCAGCUGAUGCCACAGCGAAUCUGAGGCAGCUGCAGUCGUAGAAGCGCAGACAUGCAGCUCAGCACUGCACCUACAGUGGGUCGCAGGAGGAGAGGAAAUCCGGACAGUCAAGGUCUGCUGGGUGUGCUGAGUGUGUGUGCUACGUUGCUGCAGUUAUGCACUGGCUGUCCUUCAGAGUGUGUGUGUAACUCACUGGAAGCUAACUGCAGUGGGCGGAGUCUAGUAUCUGUGCCCGCUCUCACUUCUCUCCCGGAGGGCACACAUACCCUCUUUCUGGCCAAUAACCGCCUCUCCUCCCUGCCCGUCUCGGCCUUCGCCAAUCUGAGCACCUUUGAGAGCCUCGACCUGUCCAACAACUAUCUGGACAACCUGCCUUCCAGACUGUUCCGUGAGCUGAGUAACCUGAGCGAUUUGAGUUUGCGUAACAACAGCCUAACGGUUUUGGAUCGGGAGUUAUUUCGUGGCCUGACCCAGCUGCGGAGGCUGGAUCUGUCUCUGAACGGCUUGGCCACUGUGCCGCUGGGCCUGCUGGAUGAGCUGCAGGGGCUCACCUGGCUCUCCUUGGCUGGGAACAGACUUCACGCCCUGGAGAGAGCCACAUUUGAGCCUCUCGUCAACCUUCAGCACCUGGAGCUGGGCAUAAACCCCUGGGAGUGUGACUGCAACCUGAGAGACUUCAAACACUGGAUGGAGUGGCUAAUAUACCGAGGCGGUUAUGUCGAUGCCGUUGAGUGUACGCUUCCGAAGGACUUAAGGGGCCGUGACAUCAGGGGUGUUCCUGUGGAGAUGUUCAACUACUGUCUGCAAUUGGAGGAUGAGAAUGGGGGCGGGGCUGGGAGCAAAGGUGGAUCUCCACCAUGUUUUCGUGGGACACCCACUCCAUCGUCCGAAGGUGCAGUGGUGCGUACGGAGGCAGAGCUACCAGACUGUGUUAAGCAGCGUUAUCGGCCCGUCAGUGUUCGCAGGGCGAUCGGUACAGUGGUGAUCGCUGGAGUCGUCUGUGGAAUCGUGUGCAUUAUGAUGGUAGCUGCCGCAGCAUACGGUUGCAUAUAUGCCUCUCUAAUGGCAAAAUACCAGCGAGAGCUAAAGAAGAGGCAGCCAUUGAUGGGUGACGCAGAGGCAGAAGGCGACUCGGAGGAUAAACAGAUCUCAUCAGUUGCAUAGGGGAAUGGGGGAGAGAUUCAGAGUUCAGAGGUCAUUCACAAAUAUAAAGAAUCCUUUACUGGUUGGUCUGCACAUUUGAUGAUCAUUUAGCUGCCCAGUAGAGGAUUUAUAAUCCCUGUUUCCUGUUUCUCUGUCCUUCUUAAGACUCUCUCUGACUCUCAGACUUACACUUUACUCAAUCGCUAAACUUUGGCCUAUGACCUUUGACCUAUUUGCCCCAGGACAAGAGGGACCACUCAGCACUUUAGAACUCCCCCACCCUCCCCCAAUGUUGAGAGGAUCUCAGCAUAGGAGGCGUGGAUGCAACUGUUCACAGUUCCUGAAUCCUGAUGUUUCUAGAGGAUCACGUGCUCUCAUUAGCAUUUGCCUCUGUAGCAGCCUAGCUAUCAAUCCAAACCUACAAUCAUAACUCUAACCCUCAACACUAAUCCCAACCCCAAUCCUAGACCUUUAACUCUAAUCUCAACCCUCACAACACUAAUCCAAACC